GCUUAACAGAUGAGUCAGAUCCGUCAGAACUGAAACUAGUGUACCGUUUCGAGAAUUUUUUUUCCGAUCGUUGAAAGCUCUCUUUCUUACAUAAACUCUAAAAAACUAAAAAAAAUUUCUAGACAAGAGUUAAAAUCAGUGUGUCAUAAUGGUGAAUGUAAAUCGCGAAUGUAAAAUGGAGAAGGAAUAGUGCGUUUCGCACUCUUCAGUUUAGUCAUGAGACUGGUAGGGAAAACCUUCCCUUCAAGGAUAACUGCUCACUACAAGUGCAGCCAAAAACAUAGUACGAUUUUUAAUUCUCCUGAAUACUUAACGACGAAAGUCACAAGUCUCUACACGUUUAUAUUUUUCAACAAUUCGACAGUUUUAAUAUCUUAAAUCUUGAUUUGCUCCAAAAGUCCCAAAGAGUUCUCUCUGCGUUCCAAAGUUACAAAAAGGAAUUUUUGUUAAGUAAAACAAGACUGAGUAGUGUUUAAAGAAAUUUUAUUGUGUCUGUUCAUUCUUUUCUAAACGUUUUAUCAAGUUGUGCCUUUGCGAGUAUUUCGAGUUCGGCUUUGACAGUUCGUGUUGCAUCAGCAUUUUUCUGACUGACGCUCGAGUCCCUUUGUUCUACGAUAAAGUACAAAUUCAUCUGAUAAUAACAACCUUCCACUUACGCCACAAGAAAAUUAGUCAUACCAGGCCAGCCAGCUGAGCCAUUCUUGUAGUGUGACUGUCGUCGUCACGCAGACUGCAGAUUCGGUUAUUACGUUUUUCGUAGUCGCCGCAGGAAUGGACACAUCGGGCUCGCCUGUACCGGAUGCAAUCCAACCUCUCCUAGAGCAACUUCAAGAAGCUCUUGUGCUUGAGGUCAAAUACCAGCCCAAACUUCAAUUACCAACUACCACUCAGAAUGACGAAAUUACGAUGGGUGCUCGCGAUGGAUCGGCGCACGUACUUAGGUGCCUCAAAGUAUGGUACGAUCUGCCGUCAGAUGUGUUUUUCAUCGCGAUUAAUUUAAUCGAUCGGUUCCUGACGAAAAUGAAGGCUAGACCAAAACACAUGGCAUGCAUCAGCGUCUCGUCAUUUCACAUAGCCGCCGUCCAAAUGGCUCAAUCCCUCGACGCCGAUCAUCUCGUUUCCAUCUCCCAGUGCAAGUGCACUGGGGGUGACUUGAAACGUAUGUCGGAUGUCAUUCGCAACAAAUUGGAAUGGGCGCCAGGAACUCAACCCAUCACUGCACUCACUUUUCUGCGUCUCUACAAUGUCAUGUUUCACACGGUAGCAUCUCAAAUGGGCCUCGGAGAAUUGUAUGCCAGUGUCGUUUUGGAAUCUGAAUUGCUGCUGAGAUUGGAAAUGAUUGUCUGUGAUGGAAAUUGCGCGAACUUGCGACCAUCUGAAAUUUCUUUGGUGUUGCUCUGCACAUAUUUGGAUGCUGCUGUGACUCGCCUAGAUUCCAAUGCAGACACUAGCAUGGCCAAUUCCGUUCCUGGUCCUUCUUCUAUGACAACACCGCCAAAUCCUGCACAUGAAAUGCUUCGAUUGGUCGAAUUCGCUGCCGAAUUACAAAAAAUUACCAAUAUUUCGGAUGAGAGUUUCUUUUCAACUCAUGAGGUAGUUGGUGGAAUACUCAGCAAGUACAAUCGUCAGGAGCAAACUCCCCACCGACAGAGGCUAAUUUGGAAGCUGUCGUCACGCACUGCUCGCCUUUUGAGACCAACUGACAAAUUUACCUCAGUUUUGCCAGCUAUCGCCGAGCACGCUCCUGUCCCUUCGCCAAGUAGAAUUAGAAAAAGCCGAAAGUUCUCGCGUCGCCAUGGAAACAAAAGACGUUAGGUUUAAGUCAUUCAUCGAAUCAAGGUAUUUUUUCAUAGUCGAAAUAAAACUGUUUAAAUUUAGGAAUGAGGAUUUACACAGUUUUUCAAAGUGUGAAAGUAGGGGGAAUGUGAGAGUGAGUCUUGCUCCCGAAUCUCUUAUCAUUUCGCUCUUGGCUUACACAUUCACCGCAUCGAUAAUAACUUUUGUAGUCACUCUUUUUUAAAGAAAAAUAACAAAAAUCCAAGGCCAAGUGAAAAAGUCGUCUGUCGUCAUGUCCGAGCCUUAAUUCUAUUUAAAAAAAUAAAUAAAUAAAAUAAUAAAUAAAAAAAAACUAUGUAUUGUGCUGUGAAUGUGGAAACUAAUUGGUUUAUGAAUCACUUUUUGUAGAAACAUUUAAAUAAAUGUGAUACCGUUUCUACAGUGGUCAGUAACAAGAUUCCACUGUUAGACUAUUAUUCUAUCUAUGUAUAGAUAAAUAUAUAAAUAUAUAUAUAUACAUACAUAUAUAUAUAUUUACUGAUUGCACUAAAAGAAAGAAAAAAAAGUAUAUAAGAUAAAAAUAUAAGCAAAAAACAUUUCAAAGACGUAGAUAAAUAUAAAAAAAGAAAGGAAAGUGUUGAUAAAUAUUGAGAGAGUCGGAAAAUAAGGUGGAAAAAGAAGAAAUCUUAAUUUUAAGAGAAGCUGUAAUAUUUCGAGAUAAUUUUUAUCAUUGAUAAGUUGAAAAUCUUGAUUUCGAAAGAUUUUAAUUCUAGUUGAUUGCAUUCACUUUUUAAGAGUUUUUUUUUCUUCCUAUUAAAAUGUCGAAAUGAGCAAGCCUAAAUGUGGUUAAUUGAAUAUUUAAGAAUAAGACAACAAAAAACAAUAAUUUAUUAGAUUUGAUUAUAAAUGAGACAAGAAUUAUUUUAAAAAUUUGACUGCAGAAAUCACAUUUGUCGUCAAAUGAAGAAUGCAUAUGUCUGAAUUUAAUUUAACUUUACUUUACCGUAAAAGUUUGUGUGUGUGUGUCUGAAGGAAUUAAUGUGAAAGGAACGGCUAUAGUGAAAAAAAAAAAUUUUGUGUUAAUUUCAAAGUGGCAGCGGUGGCAUAAAAGAAGCUGCAUUAGUUAUAAAAUAUAAGUUCAAUUUGGAGAAUUUACUUGUAAUUUAUAUAACGACAGUACAAAGUGGUGUUUACACCACAAGGCCGUAAAAAGUUUCUUAUAAACUUUUACGAUAACAGCCAGAAAAUGUAAAAAGUUGCUUAAAAAUACGUUUAAUUUCGGAUUAUUGGAAUUUUAUUGCAAUGUCGUGCAUUUAUGAUUUAUGUUGAAAAAAAUAUUGACUCUUGCGAAUCCGAAUAUAAUUAAUACUGACUCAUAUUAUUGCGAUCUGUAUUUUUUUUUCGUUUUUUUUUAUUUAUCAAAAUCAAAUUGAAAUUUAUUUUUGUAUUUACUUUUAAUUUAUUUACAUACGCACGAGAACAAAAAGCGUAAAGAGAAGAGUAGAUAUACUUGAAAAAGAAAACAUAGCCAGUGAGAUUGCUGGAAACAGAUUGUCUGCUUUUUAUUGCUGCGACCGGAUUAUUUCUUUUUAAAUAUUUGUCCAAGACUAAGCGAGUUUAGGAUAUCAAUUAAAUUUGCUGCAAAUGAUUUUUUUUAAAUUUACAGUGUAUUUUUUAAAAUCGAAUUAGUGUGAAAAGAAUUGUAAAAAUACUGGUGUAAAAACUCACCAUGACUCUUCAAGUCGAAUCACAUAUCGCAGGGUGCAGUAAACUUUUUCAAAACCCUGUAUAUUCUUUGCGAUCAGAGUGUAAAAUUCGCCGAGCUUAAUUAUCAUUUUGAUGUACACAGAAAAAAAAUGAAUUAAAACAUCAUAAUUCUUUA